AUGGAUGGGCAAAGUCCACCAAAACCCGCGUUCAACUCUGUAUUCCUUAAUGACCUCAUCAAAGAGCACAAGCCGGUUGUGUGCGCCCUUAGCGCGAGCUACAUAUCCACGUUUGCGGGAUACCCACUUGACUCGCUCAAGUCGCGCUUGCAGACGAUUAAGACGCGCAUAACCGUUCCUCAACUUGCCGUGCUUGUCUACAAGGAGGAGGGUUUCCUGGGCUUUUAUCGGGGAAUAUGGAUCCCGCUCUUGACCAUCUCGUUUGUCCGCGCCGCGUCCUUUACCAUAUACACGCGCACAAAGGAGUAUGUCCGCGACCAUAACAUCCUUGAUCAGGGCACGCUUGCUGGAGCAGGUGGGUCUGGCGGUCUGGGUGGCGCAUUGGCAGGUUCCCUCAUCUCCUUUAGCUCCGCACCGUUUGAGCUGGUCAAGGUACGAAGACAGCUCGAGUUUGCUAUCGCGGCAAGUCGAGGCGUUGCUUUGCGUAAAGCGCCGGGUACAAUUGAAGCUGUACGGGAGAUUAUGCGCGAACGUGGACCGCUGGGCAUGUACAAUGGCUUCAAACUCCACUUCAUGCGCGAUACGCUUGGAACGUCGCUUUACUUCUUAGAGUAUGACUCUAUGCGACAUAUACUGGGCCGAUUGCCGUCUGGCGAGCAAGGACCGACACCGCCAUGGCUGCCCAUUCAUGCGUCGCUUGUACCAUUCUUCUGUGGCUCAUUGGCUGGUGUUACCAGUUGGGCUCUGAUAUAUCCGUUGGACGUUGUCAAAACCAAGGUCCAGCAACGAGCGCUUGCCGGAGAACGAUAUCGUGGAGUCGUCGAGACUUUCCGCCGGCUAGUGCGAGGUCCAGAUCCUGAGCACCCCAAACCGUUUAUCCAGGGCGUCGCACGAAUAUACCGUGGACUGGGCGUCAGCGCUCUCCGAAGCGUCACGACACACGGUCUUCUCUGGACCUUCUUCGACCUCACGAGCAACUGGAUCGACGGCCUACCAUAG